CUUCGUUCAGGUGAUAGCAUGUGAUCAACAGUUUGACUGCAAUUACGACAGUCGUUGUGAUGUUUGGUCGUUGGGCAUCACUGCUAUUGAACUGGCAGACGGUACACCACCCUUUGCUGAUGAACAUCCAAUGAGAGCUCUGUUUAAAAUACCAAGGUAAGAAAUGAUUAUUUUAGUGAGGAAAUGUAGUAACCAUACAGUCACACUGCCCUAUAAGGGGCUUUCGCUAGCACUGCUGUGCGUGUCGUAUUUAAUUAUCUAAAUCAUCUUUUCAACAGGAGCCCUCCACCAACGGUGAAAAAUCCUGCAAAAUGGUCUGCAAUUUUCAACGAUUUUAUUUCAAAGUAUGCAGCACCUUAUUUCAAUGAUAUAAAAUAGCUCCGCUUUAAUGUAUAUCCUACUAUAACAAAACUUCAAUAAAUCUAUAUUUCCCAAGGUGUGUCGUAAAAGAUCUUGAACGUCGUCCAACUGUUCAUGAGUUGUUACAGCAUAAGUUUGUGAAAUGGAUCCCACAGAAAAAACGAGAGGUAGCCUAUCAGACACAAAUUCUUUGCACAAAUUUGUCCCUAGAAUACAUCGGACAAGGUGUUACUAGCAUUUUUCCAUAUAGGUACAACAAACUUUAAAGAAUCUCAUGGUAACUCACUACGGAACCCAGGAUGGAGUGGAUUGUGAUAACAGUUGGUAUCGAAGGUAAAUGUCCGUAUAUGCAUGGUUAUAAUUAUUGAUUUGGUCAACAGUUACUUUGUGUAGUUUUGUUAAAUUUAUUCAUGUUUAUUGCUGCAGUCCAAUAGGAGCACAUCGAAAUCAAUGGCGUGAUCGCAAGAUGCUUGGAGUGGAUGAUUUGGCUUCUCUUGAGAAUUUGACAGAGGUAUUUUGUUGAAGUGACAACCAACCUCACUAUCACUAUAAUAAUAACACCACACCAUCAUCACCAUGAACCAUCAUUGCCACCACCAUAAUCAUCAUUAUCAUCACCAUCGUCAUCAUCAUCAUCAUCAUGUUUACCAACUGUCAUCAUCAUUCCCACCACCAACACCACCAAGCCAACAAAUUCACAAACACUGCCGCCUAUAUGACAAUUCCUCUUUGUCCAUUUUCUAGGAAACAAUUCUAACCCACGUUAUGGAAAGAUACCUAGGAGAUCAGAUCUACACCUACAUUGGAGAUAUUCUUAUUGCUGUCAAUCCUUUUAAAACGUUACCCAUCUACGACAAACAGGUACUAACAUAAUUAUAUGUUACAUUGGAUGUAUACUUAUGGAUCUUUACUUACAUUGGAUACAGGGACGCCGGAACGAUAAAAAGGCAAGGGGGGCAAACGCACACGAAAGGGCACCUCUACAGACUCCAGUGAAGAUAUAAACCUACAAUUGUGUGUUGACGUGCCAAACUAUGAAAGCAAACGCACUUAUAAUCAGGUCACAUUCAAGAUCAUACCUCAUGAUUUUGCCCAAAAAGCAUCACAGGAAAUGUGAUUUAUCAGGUAGUAUUCAAUAACUCAUAGGGCACUUCUGCCCCCUUGCCCCUCCUAGCAAAAGGCAAGAGGGGCAGCUGCCCCUCCUGCCCCCCCAGUUCCGGCGUCCCUGAUUGGAUAGCUCUACCAGUUCUAAACUGUUCUCUCUAAAUCAAUAAAUAAACUCUCUAAUCCAGUAUAUUCCUCAAGCUACAACGUUUCUUUCAGAAUGUACUCAAAUAUCAGAAUAUUGAAAAGCAAUCCGCACCACCUCACAUCUUCGCCAUUGCUGCAACAGCUUACAGAUGCAUGCUUAUCAACCAACAUCAACAGGUAGGGAGCUACUGAGUCCAGGAAGUAUUAAGUUUGAACUGACAAAAGAGAAAGUUUGGAUGAAAGUUUAAAGCAAACAUUAUUGCGAUGCUCUAUGCUCUAUUCCUUUCAAUUUUAUUUUGCGCAAAUCUUAAAGCUGCAUGCAGUAAGACGUAAAGGAGACAAGUAAACCCGACAAGUUUAGAAAUGGAAAGUUCAAUAAGGAAAGCUUUGCUAGCCAAGGAAAAUCCAUUAUUCAUAAUGUGAAGCAAAGUUAAACCGAAAUUAUCCCACUGCGCAGGCAUUUAUUGCAUUCCAAAAUAUCAUCGAAGAUAUCAGGCAUCUAUAGCUAACAACAAAAGUACGAAGAGCUCAUAGUAUAUCCUUAUUCCUUUUCAUUGUUUCAGUGUUGUUUGAUAAGCGGCGAAAGUGGGGCAGGAAAAACUGUCUCCUCAAAUUUCUUGGUUCAACAAUUGGCUGAACUUGGAAAGGUGAGAAAGAGCAAGAAUACCAUAUUUCAAUAAUGAAUAACACUUGAAGGGAGUUCAUGAUUUUCCCUUUAAUUAUCAACUCGUCCUAUAACAAUUGCUAAAGGAGGAACUCGAAUACACGGACAGCACCCACGAUCCCAGAUCGAGAUGAAAGGCGGCUACUCUGGCGACUGCGCCGCUGAAGCCCAGCAAUGAUUAAUUUAAUCUUCUUAUAUUUUGGUAUAGAGCGGAAACAGAAUGUUGGAAAACAGAAUUCUGCAGGUAAACUGUUUUAACCUUUUAGGACAAUCAAAAUUCACAAAGAAAUGCAUCUCAGAUUUUUAGUCUCGACAAGCAAGCGUACAUGAUUCAUUAUUGUCUUUAGGUGAAUCCUCUGAUGGAAGCCCUGGGCAACGCUCAGACGGGAAUCAAUGACAACUCCAGUAGAUUUGGAAAAUAUCUUGAACUUCAGUUCACAUCAAAUGGAAACAUCAUUGGAGGUACGGUUAAAAGCGUGCUGCAUUCUUCACAUACUCCCAUUAUAAUAGUCUUACAUAAACGGAUAGUCAUCAUUAUGUAUAAGUGCAGUGAACAAUUUCUGUACCACCACAGCUGUCGCAAAUACCACCAAUAUACUGCACCACCAUAAAAAUCACCACCUCUAUCAUAUCAUUACUGCCACCAAUAAUUGCUUUAUGUUUUUAGCGCGUUUGACAGAAUAUUUGCUGGAAAAAUCGAGAGUGGUUUCUCAGUCAGAGUAAGUCGAAAUUGAAGCUUAUAUACUGUAUAUUUCCAAACUACAUGGGCCAGAGACAGCAUCGUUUUGAAUUCGGGAAAGGCUGCACCUACGAAAAUGAAGAUCAAUAUACUACUAAACACAAACCUCCUUGUUAUAUAGAGAAGAACGGAAUUUCCAUAUUUUUUAUUACUUUCUCGCUGGACUUUGGAGGGAUGGAAAACUAGCUGAUUACUCUCUGAAAGUCAAAGGAAAAUAUAAGUAAGGCUAUAUACGAUCUAGUAGGCGUAGGAUUUUAAAGGAAGUGACAUAAACAUCCUCUCGAUACAGGUAUUUGCAGUCAGGUACGAAGAGUUUAGAAGAUGCGGUGUUCACAACAGAAAACAAACAGCGUUACGACGAGUUUAAGAAAGCGCUAAACAUUAUUGGAUUCACUGCGGAGGUAUGGCGAGCGGGCUUGAUUGAGAGUUCUUGAUUUUUGGAAUUUUUACCAAAUCAUUGUCAGAUAAGAGAGUAGUUUUAUUUUCUUAUCGUAGGAAAUGUCAACACUGUUUUCCAUCAUUGCUGCAAUUAUUCAUAUUGGUGAUAUCGACUUCAUCGAAGAUUAUUCAGAUCGACACAUGGCAGCCAAUAGUAAAGUCAGCAACUACCAACAACUACAAAUAAGUGAGUGACAUUACGUUACUAUAUUUAAUUAAUCACCAACUGAACUGACUGAUAGUUUGACAGACCCACGUUGACCUGGUGCACAGAGUAAGAAAAUGAAAAAAUGAUGCAUUUGUGUCACUGUAUGUAAAACAACCAGAGUAAAUUUAAUCAUUGUAUUUUUUCAGUCGCGUCAUUAUUGAGAGUGAGCGCAAAAGACUUGUGUGAUGCUUUGAUAACAAGUAGUAACGUUACUCGAGGUAAGUUCGAUAUGAUCUCAAUAUGAUCGAUAAGACAAUCGAUACGAUCGAUAAGAUAUAAUGAGGUGCUUUCAUAUAUAGGUGAAACAAUCAGUAGAAAGAAAACUGUGCAGCAAUCACAAGACUGUCGAGACGCAAUGGCCAAGGUAGACUUUGAUUACAUAUUUCUGUAGUUAUUAUUGGAAUCUCCAGUCAGUCUCCCUGUCGUCUAUUUCCCCGUAUCUCCACCUCCACAAUGUUUUUGACGGGCUCUCCUUCAUUUCUUCUUAAUAUGUGUCCAGAUCAACUCAGCCUUGCUUCCCUCACCUUUUCUGCAAUGUCUUCUUCCAGUCUCUUCACUCCGUAAUGUUCCUGAUCGACUAUCCUUCAUUUCUUCUUAUUACAAAUUUCAGCCUUGCUUCUCUCACCAUCUCUGUUUAUCUACUACCCCACAUCUUCUUCUGAUCUCUUCAUUCCAUGUCUCUGAUCAGCUUUCCUUCAUUUUGUCUUCUUACAUAUCUCAGCCUUGCUUCUCUCAUCAUCUCUGUUUAUCUAUCACCCCACUUCUUCUCUUGAUCAAUAAUGCCUCUGACCACCACUUAACACCUUAUCUCUUCAUUCCAUCCCGGCCCUCCUUCAUCUGUUCUUAUUACGUUGUUCACACCAUCUCAGCCUUGCUUCCCUCACCUUCUCUGCAAUUUCUACCACCCCACAUCUUCUUCUGAUCUCUUCAUUCCUUGUCUUGUCCUUGUCACCAGCUUUGACAUCUUUUUCCCCAUAGGCUAUGUAUAAUGUUCUCUUCAGUUGGAUUGUGGACAGAAUUAACCAGCUAUUAGCCUCAGACGACGGUUCACAGUAAGUAAUUCAUAUUAUCAGAUACAACUAAUGAACGUGCGUGCGUUUAAGAAAUAUCACAAACUGCGUUUUUGUUACCUAGAAGCAAGGAGUUUAAAAUUGGAAUUCUAGAUAUCUUUGGCUUUGAAAACUUUCACCACAAUUCAUUCGAGCAACUGUUCAUUAAUAUUGCCAACGAACAGAUUCAGCAUUACUUCAACCAAUAUAUUUUCACCAUGGAAAUGGUACGUACUGUAAUUAGUACCUUAAUUAACACCAUUGGUCUACCGUAGUUGACAAAUUCUAACCAUCGAACUAAUUGGAUCUCCUUAGAAUGAAUACCAGAAGGAAGGCAUUCCUACCAGUAAAAUUAUUAUAAAUGAUAACAAACACAUGGUGGACCUUUUUCUUCAGGUAAAAACUAAACUUAUCAACAAACUUUAUUCACACAUCGUUAUACUGUUCUCCCUAGAGGUCCAGGGCAAAUUAUAACCAGGAAUCGAUUAUAAUUUUGAACUCCCGGUUUUAUACCACAGUUGUCGAGUCUUCGUUUUUGUUUUACAGAGACCAAUGGGUCUGCUAGCUCUAUUGGAUGAAGAGUCUGGAUUUCCAAAAGCGAGUGAUAGGACUUUAAUAGGUAACACAGAACUUCGAUUGACCUGCCCCUAGCUUGGUCUCAAAAAGUAUGCUGUAAAAUAAACUGUCAACAACAAAAUGAUUAUUCUCCUUUUUUUUCAGAUAAAUUCAACAGCAAUAUUCAAUCUGAUUGCUACACUAGAAGUAGGGAUGUCAAUCCUUCAUUUGCGAUCAAACACUACGCCGGAAAGGUGAGAAAAAUAUUUUCAAAAUAUAUCUUAUUAUAAUCCAACAAUUGCGUUGUUUCCUUUGUGUUUUGCUCAUGAACUAUUAAUGGUUUGCGAGUCCUCGUUGGAUGGCUGAAACACUUUUUUAUUCCCAGGUAUUCUACGAUGCAACGGGAUUUCUUGAAAAGAACAGAGACACAAUGUCACCUGACAUCAUUCAUGUUUUAAGAACUAGCGGUGAGUCAUUAAUAAUAACAGUAUUAUGUAUGUAGUAACGACAUGUGUUCAACUGCAACUAAUGCUAUUGAACCCUACCAGUAUUCCCUUUCGGCAGAGCAUUAACUAAUAAUAAUUAACUCGUUUGAUACGUCACUGUUUAAUCACUAUAUGUUAAAGCACAACUCCAGAAAAUUAAUUUGGAAUUCUAUUUUGACUUUCCCAGAAAACAUGCUUUUGAGGACAUACUUCUCGCAAGGAUUGUCAUCAAGGCAUGGUAAGCCAGUCAUCUUGCUUAAAUACAAGAAUACCAAACAAACAAAAAUAUACUGCAUUUCUAAAAUACGUUAUCUUUUCCUUAGAUAUUCAAGGAAGAAAACCAUAUACAUCACCUCGUGGUGGUAACUUCAAUAAAUGUGAACCUAGAGUAAGAGCGUGACUUCUCUCCUUUGUGAUAUAAAAUUGAUCAUUUCCAAAAUUCCACGACCAUAUGUGAACUUGUAUGUUCUCUUCUUUGUGAUAAACUACGAGAGUGGAUGCGUUGUGUAAUAUAAUUUACGUUAUUUAUAGGAGUCCAUGAUAAUUGUUAGCAUGCCAGCGGGGAAAUCAACAAACUCAGUUUCAAGAAGACAACAGACGCUUUCUAUGACUUUUCGGGUAAGAAAGUAUAAAGUAAAGUAAUGUUGAGGUAAUCAUCCUUACUUUCUAAGGCUUUCUAAGGGCGCCUCUGGCAGCCGCCUUAUGGCCUAUGUCUGAUCACGGAGCACCGAGCACAGUUACGGUGGAAGGGUCAGUUAGGGGGCUAGUCCCCACCCACCCUGUCACCAUUCCGUGUGGAGGAAACCGGAGUACCCAGAGAAAAUCCACGACAUGUGUCCGCAACAAGAAUUGAACCCACAAUCUCAGAGGUGACGAUUGUGCCACCGAAGUCCCCUUCCCUUUUAUAGUAUCUGAACUCAACUAAUUUUCACAUAAUUAAAUUGUUUAAUCUUCUUGGAUUCUAGGGCUCUCUUGAGGAUCUUCUCUUUAGAUUGAACAAAGCUGAACCACAUUUUGUAAGGUAAGCCUAUUAAGAAUCUUCAAUUUAUGAACUAUAGAAUGUUAUAAAAUAUUGAAAAUUCACAAGACAGAUAAAUUGGAUGACGCUUGGUUCCUGUAUAGUGCUAAGCAAACGAAACUCAUGCAAUUACUCCUUUGAAACGAACAGAAAUCCAUGCAAAUUUUUGUUGCAGAUGUAUCAAACCAAACGAUAAAAAGAUGGCAGAUCUGUUUGACCAAGAAAGGGUCAUGACGCAGUUGAAAUACACAGGAGUCCUGGAAACUACUCGAUUAAGAAAAGAGGUGGGUCUGGUUCACAUACCCAAGCGAAAAUAUAAGUUCAAAUUAACAAGUCUUUUUUUCCCAAAUAGGCAUGUAUAUCAGAUAUAAUGUAUUGUCUUCAUUUCUAUAUGUGAAGGGUUACUCAGAGCGGAUUACGUUUCAAGAAUUUGUUCGCAGGUAUGCAUAUAGCUCUAGCUUAUAAUUUGUUUAAAGUUUAGCGAAAACUAUUGUUAAUAUCUAUUCCAUUUCAACAGAUACCAGCUAGUUCUGUUUCACUUAAACGAGAAUGUUCGACCAGAUGCUCUAAGUUGCAAGGCAAUCCUAAGAGCAGCUGGUUUGGAUCAUUGGCUUGUUGGGAAAACGAAGAUUUUCCUGAAAUAUUAUCACGUCGAAAAACUGGGCGCAAUUCUCGAGAAAUAUCGACAUUCUGUUGUACUCGUUCAAAGAGGCAAGUGUUCAAUUUUAGUGAACCAAAAACUAAGUCAACUUUCCUUAUUCUGGAUAGCUCUAUCAUUUCUGACACUGACUAAACAGUAAGACUGGAUAGUGCACCCACUAUGCACUAAUCACUGAUCUGAAAUAAGACUGGAUGAAGCAUCUGCUGUGCAUAAGUGAAGCCAAUGGCGGCCAUAUUAGAUGGCGCCACUAUUAAUCUAAUCUGAUGUUGUGGACAUGUUUAACUCUUCCUUUAUGUUUCUAGUCAUUAGUGGGAAAGGACAAAUAUUGCCUAGAUAAGAAUUUAUCACCACUAGCCUCUCUUUUUUCCUACAUUUUCCGGUGAAUAACUAAUGGAGGCCAUCAAAUCGCCAUAAGCCUCAUUAUUUGGUGCAUAAAACGUUCUAAAACUACUUCGAAGAGUUUUUGGAAGCUAUAUUUCACAAGUCACAUUAGCGAAGAUAUUUGCUUUAUAGUCCAACUGAACUUAAACAGCAAACGAUUAGACUGGUCAUGAAUUUGACUGAUUUAAAAAUCUCAUCUCAUUAGAAUAUUCUGGCUUCAAAAUCGGGUUAGUGAAUUCAAUAGGAUGCUGAAUGUAAACUAAGUCAAUGGCAGCCAUGUUGUUAUGAUCACGACAAAUCUUGUGGUGCUGUUAACAUGCUAGAUGUCGUUCCAAUAUUUUCUAGUUAUUGUUGGGAAAGACAAAACGUUGAAAAUUUCCCCUAAUUUUCCCAGCUUUCCUCUUUUUAAAUAUUAUUAACAAAUGCUUUUUCAGCUGUUCGUGCAUGGUUGCAAAGAAGACGUUUUAAACAUGUCCGCGACAAGCGAAAUCAAAGUGCUAUCGUUCUACAGAAGGGUUAGUACCAUUUAUGAAACGCAAGAACUCUAUUUACAAAUGCCAGAACUCCAUUUUCAAACAGCAGAACUCCCUUUUCAAAUAGCAAAACUCCCUUUUCAAGCGCCAGAACUCCGUUUUCCUUUACAAAUGCCAGAACUACCUUUUCAAACGCCAGAACUCCGUUUUCAAAUGCCAAAACUCCUUUUUCAAGAUUCCAUUUAAACUAGCCUUGGCUAAUUUGGAUGUUCCUGUUUAAAUAUUGACUAAAAUAAAAUUUAAAAAGUCAGAACUUGGUUUUCAAAUGCCAGAACUCCCUUUUCAAAUGCCAGAACUGCAUCAUUAAAUGCCAGAACUCCGUUUUCAAACGCCAGAACUCCCUUUACAAAUGCCAGAACUCCCUUUUCAAAUGGCAGAACUUGCUUUUCAAAUGCCAGAACUCCAUUUUCAAAUGCCAGAACUCCCUUUUCAAAUGCCAGAAUUCCUUUUUCAAACGCCAGAACUCCCUUUACAAAUGCCCAGAACUCUUUUUUCAAAUGGCAGAACUUGCUUUUCAAACGUCAGAAUUCCGUUUUCAAAGUGAUAGGAUUUUUGUAGAUGGAAAUUUUGACAUUCAACAAAAUAUACAUUUUUACACCUGACGAGGAGCAGCUGGGAAAAUACAACCAAAGGCACUCCAGCAGGAGUCGAACCUGUGGCCCUAUGAUCCCGGUGCAGCGCUCUAACCACUAAGCUACAAAGUCGAAAAGCCUAAGGGAAAAAUUACAGACCGUCUACUUUCAGUUGGCACUUGAGUUAGCACUAGCAAACGAAGCAAACGAGAAGAAUUAUAGUGCCUACCUUUCGUCUUCUCUAAAUUUUAUUUUCCUUUCCAGUGUAUCGAGGACGUCUGGUUCGCAAGAAAUAUGGGUAUAUGCUAAACAAAAGAGAAAGAAAGGCGAUUGUUAUUCAAGCAGGUAGAGAGAGAUUGAAGACAAGCAAGCACCACUCGGCUUGCUCGUUGCUCUUUGUGCAUGAAAAGAUUUUGCAGGGGAAGUGAAAUCCACAACCUUAAAAGUGGAAGGCACUUAUUCUGAUGCACACUCUAAACAUAUUUGUUACUGACUACUUAUCCUUCACAUAUAGUCGUACGUGGCUGGUUGGCAAUGAGAAGAUACAAGAGACUUAAAGUAAAAAGGGAACAAUGUGCAACAAAAUUGCAAGCUGGUAUGUUGAACUACACCUAAAGGACGUUUACACUUGCAAGUUUUGUUGGAUUUCUAGUGCGGUUUCUUCUUCAAAUGCACGCGGACAAGUAUAUAUGAGUUAUGAAUGUUCUGAGUGUUUGUACCCUCAUCUAAGCACUCGCAACUCGUCUAUUCGUUCACAUCCAUCAGAAUAAAAAGGUCGCACAUAAAACAGCAGUAAAGGUUGCAAGAGUAAACAGGUCUUACUGUAAACGUUGUUGCAAAUUUUCUGUCGACAGUUAUUGCCUUUCGCUAUACAUACUGUAUGUUCAUUUUACUUUUUUAUUCUUCAGUAUUUCGCGGAUAUCGAGUGAAGAGGUUCUUCCAGAAAGAACUGGAAAUGCGAAGAAGGAUCAGGAGAGGUAAAUGUCCACAAUUCACAUUGUACCUGGACUCAGCUUUCACAAAAGCGGACGAAAUCAGAUCUCAGGUGUAUAAAAUAUAUAAAGAUUUACGCCAUUAUCAACUUUCCCCUUUCAGAGCAACAAGAAGCAGCAGCGAUGAGAAUUACUGCAGGUAAACAAUUUUAUUGAAUGCAAUUGUUAAGCCUGGUUGACACUAUCAAAGUUUGUGUGAUCACAGCAAGAAUUUUGCAUGGGUAAAUUCUAAGUUUUGAAGGAUUUGUCAGUGUUUAACACUUAGUCAGUUCCUUCAAACAUUACAUUACAAAUCCUUCAAAACUUAGAAUUUACCCAUGCAAAAUUACCACUGUGAUUACAGAAAUUUUGACCCUGUUUAACCAGCCUUUAACGGUGGUAAACGCUGUGCCACGAACGGCAUAAGGUUUGUGUUGGUAUAAAAAUAGGUACGCUAAGCGUACAUGCAUCCGCGUGAGGUUGACCGACUCACCGACUAACUGAAAAUGAAUGGCGUUGGAACUUGUGUGUGUGUGCAUUUUAGCUGCUCGAGGUUUCCAAGGAAGAAAGGAAUACGGACGUCUUUUGGAGAAAUCGUCUCAAUUGGAAACAAAAAUGAUCUACUUUCUUCAACAGGUACUUUUAAGGAUUUUUUGGGAAAAUGGACAUAUGAGCCAGAUAUACUGCAGCUUCUUUACUGAUCAACAAGUAAGUUAACUUUCUCAAAAAUCUUUUUUAGGUAUCACAUCUGUGCGACGAGUUCUAUGGAGCGCAAAGAGAUCUGAAUAAACCGGUAAUAUUUUGUUUGUACUUCUGCAUGAUCACCAAUAUUAACAUCCUUUCGAGCGAAUCAAUCUUCUGAGUCUGCAGUGACUAUCUUACUCUCUCUAUUUUCACACGAUUUUUUGGAAAGUUCUCCAGUGGCAAUUCGCAUAGUCUAUAAUAAUUUACUCCACUAUAGAAAGGCAAUUUUUUCCUUCGGACAUUUUUCAUACACACUUAAAUUUUUGCUCAUGUGCAAAGGGCAAAAAAUUAAUGACAAGUUUUCACGUGAAUAUCUUGAAUAGAAAACUUUAUUCGGGUUGUUGUUAACCGUACAAAUCAAUUUGUCAAGGACCACUUUCUUGUAUAAGGACCACUUUCUUGGUUCACGAGAAUCGCUUUUCCUUUUUAAAGGUUCCCAAAGACGAUCGAUACACUGAAAACACACAAGGCCUGGUUUCUCCACCUCGUUAUGAACAAUGUAAGAAUUGAAAUACAAAAUGAAAAUCUAGUAUUGCAUCCAAACAUUUCAAAAAAUUCUAUAUCCCAUCUCUUAUCUCGUUCUUAGAUAAAGCGAUAGAAAAACCUCGUGAAAAAUUACCGGAACGAUUUGACAAAGAAAGGUAAAAGCUACCAAAGUAAAGAAAAAAAUAUUUAUUAGAAAAAACACCUCAACUUUAACUUUUUGUUUUUGCAGCGUUGUUAAUUCGAAGGUGAUUAAUGGAAGAAGUGAAAUGAAGGCAUUAAAGGUUAAUAAUUAUGUAUUCAUUUGUCCUGCAAGAUUACAAAUGUAAUAUCCUAAUGAGCAAUCACAAUAAUGAAGUUGUUUUGUAUAUGGCGGAACUUUCGAAAGACUUAGUGUUAAGGCCCAUUUUCACUCAAGAAAGGUUUCCACGGACAGAAAAUGUUCCGAAAAUAUCAUUGUUUGAAAGUUGAAAAUUUGAUGAAAGUCCCUAACCAUCUCUAACCAUCCUUAACUAUCCCUAACCAUCCUUAACUAUCCCUAACCAUCCUUAAUUAUCCCUAACCAUCCUUAACUAUCCCUAACCAUCCUGAACCAUCCCUAACCACCAAAUGUGCCACCAACAUGCACUAACUCUGAAAUUCACUUUUCUUUCAGACAAACCCAAUUGCACAGAGCAACCAAGCGAAGCACACGAGCAGUAGGACAAUUUCACCAAAGAAAACAUACCCCAACCCCAUCAGCGAAUCUGGCUACAAAAUAAACCCAAUAAUCCUCGAAACACAACGAGAGAUGGAAACGGAAAACGAGCAGAAACGGCGAGGGGAGUCGUUUAUUGUCGAUACCAAUCCUUUGGGUCUAAAUUAUCGUGGAGUCGAAAAACGAAACGAACCUUCAAUGCGAACUAGGGAGUACAGAAGUGAAGCUGAAAAAUUUUUCGAGAACAGAAAUGGCCUGGAGAAGAGGCCUAGGAAACAAAAUGAGACGAGAAAAACUUCUACGUCAAGUAAUGUGCUUGUGGUUCGUCAGCCUCCAAAUGCGGGCUACGUGAGGCGAAAACAGGGCAGGGAUGAGACGGCACAAAGUGUUAAAUUACACGAAGUACAAGACGUCUCAGAUUUGCGAGCGAGGUUGCGGAGGACAGGACAGAUUGAGGAGGGUUCGGGAUUACAUAAGAUAGAACUUGCUAGGCAACAUUCACAGCGGAUUAUUGAUGUACAAUAA